GAGGAGGAAGAUGAGGAUGAGGAGGUGGAAUACUUGUUUUAUAACAAUCCACUGUUUCAAGAGAGUCCUCACCCAACAAGAACCACCAGCUUUGAAGGACAGACCUUGUGGAGCCAUCCAGAGGGAAGGCCUGGGGUGGAAGAUGAGGAGGGAAUAUUGGACAGUGGGCUGGUAUCUCCAAAGCAGGAUGAUUUCCUCUUUUACCAAACAACUGUUUCAGCCAGUCCUGAGACCCUGGACUCGCCCUCUUUACCUGAGCUGACCUCAGGUCCUAUCCCAACCUAUGUGCCUCACUACCGCUCCUUUUCCCCUUUGGUGAUCACAGAAGGGGAUACUGAAAGUGAUUGCCCUGCUGCAGAGAACACAGAGGACCAAGGAUGCUUUGCAGACCAGUGGUCCAGUGCCAACCCUGGAAGUGUUUCGGCUCCAGGUGCAAGCUAUGCCAUGGAUUCAUCAGGUGAAGGCUUGCUGUUUUCUGCCUCCAACACCUCCCUUCUGUCAGUUUUGCUGCAAGAACCCAAUGAGAACCACCGGCCCCCGUCGCCUGCAGAGAUCAUCGGAACUCCUCCUGCCACCCCAGUCUUCUCAGCCCACGAUGCAGAGCUGAGUCUGUGGCAGGAGAAGUUCAAGCCACAAGCACCUUCCUGCAGCCGCCCAGAGUCUCCUUGCGCAUGGGUGGAGGAGCCUGAACAGACUUCCUGUGUGCAGGAGGAAGUCACUACAGGAGAUUUUCACUCGGUCUCAUCUGGAGGUGUAGACAGGAAGCUAGAAAACUCAGUGGAGGGCAUUGAGAUGGUGGAAGUGCCCACUGUGCUCGGUGAUGAGAUCUUGGAAGAGGAGGAGGAGAAGACUACGGCAACCCCAUGUUGCACUGAAGAUCCCACUGGGGAACCCAGCAAAACAGGGGAGACGCCAUGGGCCAAGGAGCCUGCAGAAUCCAAUGGCUUUGUCCUCGCAAACGGCACUUCUGGAGACCAGGCUGCAGCACAGCGGUUGGCAGCACGGCUCUACCACUUGGAUGGGUUCAAGAGGACACAGGUGGCUUCCUUUCUGCGGAAGAACAACGAAUUCAGCCAGAUGGUAGCUGAGGCCUACCUCUCGUUCUUCCAGUUCACUGGACUGACUCUGGACCAAGCUCUGAGGUUGUUCCUGAAGGCUUUUGUGCUUACAGGGGAGACCCAGGAGAGGGAGAGGAUCCUCAGGCACUUCUCCCAGCGCUACCACUCUUGCAACCCCGAGGCCGUCCUCACACCUGAUGCCGUGCACACUCUUACCUGUGCCAUCAUGCUCCUCAACACUGACUUGCAUGGGCAGAAUAUUGGCCGGAGCAUGACCUGUCAAGCUUUUCUGGCCAAUCUUGAGGGCAUGAACAAUGGCAGCAACUUCCGCAAAGAACAAUUAAAGGAACUGUAUUAUUCCAUCCGCAAUGAAAAACUGGAAUGGGCUGUGGAUGAGGAAGAGAUCUCCACCACCUUGAUACCCCCACCCACUGGAUCUUUCCGGAAGAAGAGCAAUCCUUUCCUGACUCUGUCCCACGAUCCUGAUGCCAAAGUGUACCAUCAGGGCUUCCUCACUCGCAAGGUGCAUGCAGAAGCUGAUGGCAAAAAAGCACCAUGGGGGAAGAGAGGCUGGAAGACGUUCCACACUGUGCUGAAGGGGAUGGUGCUCUACUUCUUCAAGGACGAGAACCGGCUUGAUGCUCUGAGCUCAGAGGAUCCCAUUGGGGUGCAUCACGCCCUGGCGGAGAGAGCCAGCAAAUACACCAAGCGGCCCAACGUCUUCCGGCUGCAGACUGCUGACUGGCAUGUCUUCCUCUUCCAAGCACCGACUCCAGAGGAAAUGAAUUCAUGGAUUUCCCGCAUCAAUCUGGUAGCUGCCAUGUUCUCCUCCCCACCGUUCCCAGCGGCGGUGGGCUCUCAACGGAAAUUUGUUCGACCCAUCCUCCCAACAGCAACCUGCAAAAACUCCCUGGAAGAUCAGCACCUGGCUCACGAGGACUCGAUGGACAAGGUCUCGGAUGAGCUCCUGGAGCAUCAGCGGAACCUCCCCAACAAGCACGGGCGGAGCCGGGACCUGGAGGAGUAUCAUCUCAAGAAGGAGUAUUUGCUCUAUGAGAAACGACGGUACGAGACUUACGUGAGGCUGCUGGAGGUGAAGCUCAGCAGUGACACUGACGAUCUUGACCAGUGGGAGGCGCAGCUGCAAGCAGCCACCAGUGGGGCUGACGAUGAGAACCCCGGCCUGAAAAAGUCACACUCCAGCCCCUCCCUGAACGCGGACGGGUCACCCACGGUCAAGGUGAAGAGAAAUAUCUCCGAGCGCAGGACGGUGCGGAAAAUCAUCCCCAGGCGCAACAAGCAUUUGCUGUGACCCUCCCCCUAAAAACUUUUGCCCUGCCUGAGCACUUCCUUCUCACACACAAGAGACUCCUGGGCAGGGGUCCUGUUUGGGGCAGGAACGUCGAAUGGUACAUAACGGAACUGCUGCUUUUUCAAACCAAGGCAAAUCAGCACUUGCAGUAUUUGGCCACCAGGGGGUGCCACACCACAGGAAACAGGCACUGGCAGAGACUCAAAAGACUGGCGGGGUGGCAGGCUCCCCCCCAUACAGUGCAAAGGCUCCCUGUGUGUUGUCUCCGAUCAGGUCUAAAGCAUCUGCCCUUCCUGACCCAGAGGGCUGUAGGCAUGCUGUACUCAGGGAAAGUGCCCCCGCUUGUGGGGAGAGGGAGAAGCCCCUCUCUGCAUUCUUUAUCCCCCGUGAUUCUAUGAUUCUGUUCUAGGCGUUGUAUCGGUUCUUUGUUUCUCAGUUGCUGGAGGGGCAGAUGGGACCUUGGUGCAAUAAAUGAAAACA